GUUAAUAAGACAGUCGGUCGGUUCAAUUAUCGUCCGCGCGGACGGUUGCGAGGGUGUGUGAUAUGUAAUCGAAAAAACAUGACGCACGAAUUUGUUUUUCUCGUUUUAACGUGUGCGAUAAGUGGGUGCUUGUCUCAGUGCUCUCAGAAUAACGUGUAUAAAGAUAUUCUCGAGAAGAAGACGUUGAACUUCACGCAAAUAGCCCGCCAAGUUGGACUUGCAGUGGAGGAGUAUGACGUCACCACACAGGAUGCGUAUAUCUUGAAGCUGUUCCACAUUCCGGGGGAUAGAACGCGACCGGUUCUGUUGAUGCACGGGAUUAUUGACUCAGCUGACACCUUCAUCCUACGAGGAAACACGUCGUUAGCGGCUGCUCUGUCCCGGGCCGGCUACGACGUGUGGGUCGGCAACACCAGGGGCAACAGAUACUCUCGACGACACGUCUACUUGAACCCGGACGACGACGUUGAAUUUUGGGACUUCAGUUUCCACGAACAAGGGUUCUACGACCUCCCCGCUACCAUAGAUUUCAUUUUAGACCAAACCGGGGCAGCUGCAUUGAGUGCAGUGGGCCACUCGCAGGGAAACACAAUUUUCCUGGUACUCGGCGCGACCAAGCCGGAGUAUAAUGAAAAAAUAAAAGUCAUAAUAGCAUUGUCGCCUAUUUGUUUUCUCAAUAAUUUGAAAAAUGCUCCAUCGUUAAUAGUAUCUUCGAUGUCGUUUGUGGACCAGAUUUUCAAAAUAACAGGCCAGGAGGAAUUCCUUGGGGAUGACACGUUAGCUGGUCGUCUGUUCAGAGCGGUUUGCGGUUGUAAGAAAAGUUACGGUUUUUGCGCCCACGGGAUAUUCUUUGCGAUCGCUGGCAGCGACCCGGAGGAGAUGGAGUCAGACUUCUUGCCCACCGUCGUCGCUCACUACCCCACCGGGACUUCUAAGAAGAACGCCGUCCACGUCUCCCAAAUAGGAUUGAAGAAGAAGUUCUCUACCUAUGACUACGAGUGGAGAAACAUGGACAUUUACAACUCCACGACACCACCGGAAUAUGACUUGAGUAAAGUGACGAUGAGAGUUGCGUUGUUAGCCGGAAGAAAUGAUCAAAUUUCAACUCUAAAGGACGUAGAACUGUUGAAGAAUAAACUCCCUAAUGUAGUAGAAUAUAAAGUUAUUAAUCAUAAGAAAUUUAAUCAUAUGGACGCUGUCUGGGGCCGAAAUAUGUAUAAGUAUCUUUUCCCAGAAAUUCUCAAGGUUUUAGUAAUGUUUAGUUGAUGGAAAACUUGUUCAUAUUUUCGUUUCAUAUAUGUAGGUUUUAUAGUAGGUUUUUGCAUUAGAAUAGUGUGGCUGCUGAAAUUUUAAAUUUUUUAUAGGUAUAAUUAUCGAAUCUCACUGCUCGUAUCUCACAAAAAGGUACUUCUUACAUAAUACGAGUAGGUUAUGUAAGUCGGUGUAUUUCUAGUUCUUUUUCAUGUCAGCAAAUAGGUUUUUAGUAUUUAAUCUUAAAAUAACUUGUUUUGUGUCGACUCUGAAGGUGAUCAACCGGCUAUGUAACUCGAUAGGUAGACGUUUUAAAUGAAACCAUUUUGCACAGAUUACAAGGUCAGGAAGUUAAUAUAAAUAUAUAACGGUUUUAAUAUUAUCUAAUAGCUAUUAUUAAUAUUUUAAUGAACUCGUUAUGCGCCUAUAAUAAUAUGCGCCUUAAUAACAUUUAUCAUUUGGAAUUUAAUUUUAUACGCUAUUCGGUAGGUAUGUUAAUUAGGGUUCUAAACAUUGAACAAAAAAACGGCCAUACGCAGAGUAGAAUUCUGUAGUUAUUCGUCAACAAUGUCGAUCUAAUGUAAAGUGAUAUUAAUUUGUGUUGUUUGUUUGUUACGAUUCAGCUCAAAUACUACUCAACCUAUUUUACCUUACCAUUUUUUUUUUCAUGUACAGGAGGGGAAAUUCUCAUGGAUACCUAGCUGAGUUAGGUAGUGCCGGACUCUUACCGGCUAAAAACCUCUCCUGUCGCCCUGUUUUCCGUGUAGCCGCCUUUCAGCCUAACACGGGAAACAUUGUUGUCUUUUACUUGUCUGUCUUUCUUCUUUUCUCUUCCUUUUCCUUUUAUGUCAUGACUCUCUCCAAGAAGUCAGCGAUACUUUUCCAAUUUUUCGCAGUUUCCAACAUUUUUAAUUAAUAUAAAUAAUACCUUACCAUUACAGAGGUACAUCUUCACCGAGUAUUUGACGCUCUUGUUCUCCGCUCCAAUUUAGGCGUAGGUAAGCUACUUCAAAACAAAAAUAAUUUUCAAUCAUUAAAAAUUCGAACCAGUAGUUUUUGAGAUUAGUGAAUUUAAACAAACAAACUCUCCACCUCUUGAGCACCAGAUUUCCUUAAUUAAAAUGAACGGUUUUCUGAAUGUAGGUGUUUAUGUGUGGGUGUGUGUGUCUGUACUGUAGCUACAGUGACGGUGCUCAUGUGGCUAUUUGUAAAAACGUUGUUACUUACUACUAAGUAAUAUAUUUAUUGUGCUGUGAUAUUAUAAUUUGUUCAUAAUAAAUUGUUUUAUGAAGA